AUGGCUCAUGAAUUGGCCCAUAUACAUCACAUGAAUCAUGGUCCACAAUUCCAGAAAUUGAAUCUUCAGCUCCGCAAAGAGAUACAACAGUUGCAGCAAAAGGGAUACUAUGGUCCAGGUCAAAGAUUGAGGGACUCUGCAGUACUUCAUGGUGAUGCAGCACUCAAUGCUUCAGACUUGCCAGAAUAUACUUGUGGAGGGUCUCAGAGACAAGGCACUAGAAGACGAGUUUAUCGACCAAGAACAGUUAAGAAAAGGAAGGCUGAUCGGUUUGCUGGGGAAGGGCAGAAGCUGGAAGUUGAUGGACCAUCUUCAUUUAGGAAGAGAGCCAAUGCAGCUGCUGCAAAGAAUGCUAGGGCUCUUGCAGCAGAAAAGAGAAUUCAAGAAUCUCAGAAGAAGCAAUCUGGGUCAAAUUCAACAGUAGUGGAAGACAGUGAAGAGGUUGAAGUCAUCAGGCUGGAAGACGAGUGGGAAGAUUUUGAACCUCAAGUUUCCAAAUCAGCAGCAGAGACUGAAAGUGAAAAGGGCAAUCUGAGAGAUGAGAUGAAGGGUAUAUUAGCUGAUUUCAAGAACUUCCAACCAGCCAAGUCUUCUAGCUCUAGCAAAUCAACUUCUAAAGUGAAUACUCCCAAAGAAGAUGAUGAGAUUCAAGUUUUUCAGUCUAAAAAAUCUGUGAGCAAAACAAUUUUUGUAAUCACUCACCAGGUCUUUUAUCCUUACUGA